AUUGUUUGUUCUUUCAACUUGGAACGACAGUGACAGGUGAUCUGCGUUCAUUUCUGCGCCAUUUUUCUGCGUUUUUGGAGAUUUUAAGAAAAGUGCUGUGGUGCUGGAGGAAUUCUUUAUCCUCCCAGUGCGCUUAUAACCGAAGCAGACCAUGGGUGAUAAUACUGGCACCUCUCAGGACGGGAGCGCACGGGAAAAAGAGGCGCAUGAUGGUCCACCUUUGGGAGGCAGUGGACCAGAACCACAGGACGGGAGCGCACGGGACUCGAAGGUGCAUGAUGGUCUCCCCUUGAGCGGCAGGGGACCAGGACAAGGAGAGGACCACGUUGAGAGCGGCAACAUCCCAAAUGGCGACAGCUGCUCCGCGGCCACAACGCGUCUGUACAAGAGGCGCUGGUUGAUCGUGUUCCUGUUCAGCUCGUACUCCCUGAGCAACGCGUACCAAUGGAUCCAGUACGGCAUCAUCAGCAACAUCAUCAUGAAGUUCUACAGUGUGGAAGCCUUCGCUGUAGACUGGCUGUCCAUGGUCUUCAUGCUCACCUACAUCCCCUUCAUCUUCCCGGUCACCUGGCUGUUGGAUAAGAAAGGUCUGCGCGUCACGGCACUGUUGGCCAGCGCGCUCAACUGCGCCGGGACGUGGAUCAAGGUGGCCAGUGCCAGUCCCGACCUGUUCGGCGUGACCAUGCUCGGGCAGUUUGCCAGUUCCCUGGCUCAGGUCUUCAUCCUCGGGAUGCCCUCCCGCCUGGCGUCGGUGUGGUUCGGCGCGGACGAGGUUUCCACCGCCUGCUCCAUUGGAGUUUUUGGGAAUCAGAUGGGUAUCGCCAUCGGGUUCCUGAUCCCGCCUAUCCUCGUGCCUAAUGUGGACGACAUGGAUGAGCUGGCGCACUACAUCAGAAUCAUGUUCUACAUCAGUGCCGGAGUUGCCACCCUCAUCUUUGUCCUGGUGGUGAUCGUGUUUCAGGAGAGACCAGAGAUUCCUCCCACACAGGCCCAGGCUCAGGCCCGGAACGUGGACCCAGACGAGUACUCGUACACAGCUUCCAUCUUGAGGCUGCUGUGCAACAAGCCCUUCAUGCUGCUGGUGGUCACCUACGGCCUGAACGUCGGCUGCUUCUAUGCUGUCUCCACCUUGUUGAACCGGAUGAUCAUCGAACACUAUCCUGGUGAAGAGGUGAAUGCUGGGAGGAUUGGUCUGACCAUUGUCAUUGCCGGCAUGGUGGGGUCCCUCAUUUGUGGCAUUUGGCUGGACAAGACUAAAACCUACAAACAGACCACCCUGCUUGUGUAUCUCCUCUCGCUGAUCGGCAUGCUGGUCUACGCCUUCACCCUCAACCUGGGUCACCUGUGGGUGGUGUUUAUCACGGCCGGAGUUUUAGGCUUUUUCAUGACGGGUUAUCUGCCUCUGGGCUUCGAGUUUGCCGUAGAGCUCACCUACCCUGAAUCAGAGGGAACCUCGUCAGGGCUCCUCAACUGUUCUGCUCAGAUCUUUGGAAUCAUUUUCACCAUCUCCCAAGGGAAGAUUCUCGAUAAAUGGGGCACUUUUGCAGGAAACAUCUUUCUAUGUAUUUUCCUACUAAUAGGAUCAGUGAUGACAGGACUCAUCAAGGCUGACCUCCGACGGCAGAAGGCUAACCUGCAGGCCGAGAUGCAGACAGUGAGCCCUACAGGGUCCGAGGUAUCGGCGCUGGACUAUGGGGCCACAGCGUAUAGCGGCCCCUGGCAACUACAUGAAAACACAGCCUCACAAAAACAAAAACACACACCUGCAAAGAAAAUGACAGCUGAUGUGGAAGAAGACGUUUCUCCACCUGAAGUCCUGAAGCAGAUGAAGUUAUGAAGAGGACAGACGUCGCAUGACACCGUGUACAGAUAAAAAAAACAAUCAAAUAAUAACUCAACUCAUAUCAACAUGCAAGCAUUGCCACAGAGUACACUAGAAGGGUGUACCUCUUCUCAGGCUGACAUCCUAACUUGCCAUGUUACAAAAAGUGAAAAAAAUCAUCCUUAUCUGAAAUGUAGUGACUUCUUCCCUGGGUCAUGUGCCUCCCCUCUACAAAAUUUCACAGAAAUCGACCCGGUAGUUUUCGAGUCAUCCUGCUGAAAACAAACAACACUGAAAACAUAUCCCUCUUGGUGGAGAUGAAAAGCUGCUGUGACGAGUGAGCACCGUGGUGGUGAUGGAGUCUGUGAGGCGUUUAUGAACUGAGUAAGACGGAGCACACCUGCUGUACAACAUUCUGUAUGUAUGUAUGGAUGCUGCACUUCGACCAUAGACUCACACUAAUUAUCCCAGAGCAACUUAGCACAAAUGAAAUCAAGCACAAGUCAAUCCUGCACCCAGGGAACACACUUGGAACCUUAGAGGUAUUUUUAAAUCCCUACAUGAAACCAUGUUUCAUUUCAUUCAGCGUGCUGCAGACAUGAUAAACGCUGUCACACUCCUCAUCUUAUUUAUACUUUUUAAUGUUUCCUAUCCUUUUACUGUCCUCUGAUAAAUGUUAAUGUUUUAUGCAUAUAAUGAGCAAUAUUUGAACAGUGUGUUUCUUCAUAUGGGACCAAUACUGUAUGUUUUCGUGAACUGUUCUGUUUGUUUAGAAAAUGAAUCUUAAAUGCAGACUAAGCACUGUGAUGUGGUAUCCUGUCGCGGCGGUGAGGUUAGCCAUCGCAUCCUCUCUGCCUGUUAUUCAGGAUCACAUGGAAGUACUGUAUGUACCUUUGAAUCCUGCUGAUUAUAGAUAUGGUUGAUGCCGUGCAUCUGAGUACACUUUUGACGGUCAGUGUUGUUUUGCUGUAGACGAUCUCUAUAAGACGUUGAACAUCUGGCACAUUAAAGCCACGCUGUGUAACUUUUGCUGAGAAACAGCGCCCUCUGCAGCCAAAGGGCGUGAUUACCUCUGUUUGGGUCCAUGUAGGAGCGAUUGUUUUUCAUGUAGAGACAAAUCAAAGCUUAUAAAUCUGUUGUGAGGUCUGACUGCGUAGUUCCACUCACUGAACUGAAACGGUGGAUGUUACCCAUGAUCCUCAGCUUCCAGAAACCAGAAGAGCUGCUGCUAGAACAAAUAGACUUAACUGUUUAGAAUUCUUAAUAUUUUUAAGUUUCCUCUGCAAAUAUCAAAGAUAAACCGUUUUUUUAAUGAUCUCUAUUUCUUUUUAACUGAUCUACAGUUCAACAACUUGUUGGGCCACAUUCUGGCAAUCAAAGCUGUGAUAAUCGACUAUUGUGUCAACUAGCAAGAUCGUACCGGCUCACCAAAGUUACAUAGUUGCACCUUGUUUUAAGAAUGUCCACACAGCACAAGACAGAUAGGAGGAAAAGGCAAAUUUAUCAGUUGCCCUUUUGUCAAUUUGCACAAAAAAAUAUUUUUAUGUUUGAUAGUAUUUGCUUGAAAAUUUGUUAAAGAGUCAUGUCGUUCAAACUAGGUAACCGGUGUUUGUACAGGUUGUCAGUAACAUGUGUUGUGGCCAAUUGUGUUAUUUCAGUGGCAUUAUUUUAUUAUAAUGUUAUAUAUGUAUAUAUAUAUAUAUAUAAUUCAUUUAUUUCAUUGUGCUGUGAAAAUGUUUCUACACCUGGAGAGUUUUUGCCAUGUUUUUAAAAGUACAAACAUAUGAGAGGAAUCUAUUGGAGUUUUGUUCCCCACCUCACUGGAUAAACGAUCAUUUAUUUUUCUUAAAUUCUUACAAACCAAAGUGUGUGAGUGUUUUUUGGCACUUUAAUCCGUCUCAUUAAGACAAAGUCAGCGCUGAAAACAAUAUGUAAAACACCUGGCUGAGGAACCCAAAUAUAACAUAUUACACAUUUAUCAAAAUAAUGUAAAAACACAAUCACACCCCUGACAACAAGAUGUCUGCAUAUUUAACACAACUGUAUUUUCUUUUAAAGUUUAGAAAUACAUCACAUUUGCUUAUUACUCUAAUAGAACUUUAAAAAUCAUUUAACCUUAUCCUAAGGUUUUAUAUGACAAUAACAGAGCAGAAAUUUAAAGGGUGUACAAACUUUCACAGAAACCCAACAAUUGCUGAUUUAAGUGUUUGUGAUAUUUUGUAAUGAAGAGCAUAGUUUCAUAGUGUGUCUAUUCAGUUCUUUGGUAAAUCGUGAAUUUAAAAACUGAAUGGGACGCAAUAGACUGAAAUAAAAAUCAUUCUGAGAGAAA